CGGGUCGGACCGAGGUCGCAAACAGCGCCUCGGGGUGUGGGGCGGACCCAGGAGAUGAAAUGACAACGUCAACCCUCCAGAAAGCCAUUGAUCUGGUGACAAAAGCCACAGAAGAGGAUAAAGCCAAGAACUACGAGGAGGCACUCAGGCUCUACCAGCAUGCUGUGGAGUACUUCCUCCACGCUAUCAAGUAUGAGGCACACAGUGACAAGGCCAAGGAGAGCAUUCGAGCCAAGUGCGUGCAGUACCUAGACCGGGCAGAGAAGCUGAAGGAUUAUUUACGAAACAAAGAGAAACACGGCAAGAAGCCAGUCAAAGAGAAUCAAAGUGAGGGCAAGGGUGAUAGUGACAGUGAAGGGGAUAAUCCAGAGAAAAAGUAAUUGCAAGAACAACUGAUGGGUGCUGUUGUGAUGGAGAAGCCCAACAUACGAUGGAAUGACGUGGCUGGGCUGGAGGGGGCCAAGGAGGCUCUCAAAGAAGCUGUCAUUUUGCCAAUUAAAUUCCCACACUUGUUCACAGGCAAGUGUACCCCUUGGCGAGGGAUACUGCUUUUUGGACCCCCUGGCACAGGGAAAUCCUAUCUGGCCAAGGCUGUGGCAACAGAGGCCAACAACUCUACCUUCUUCUCUGUGUCCUCCUCAGAUUUGAUGUCUAAGUGGUUGGGGGAGAGUGAGAAGCUAGUCAAGAAUCUCUUUGAGCUAGCCAGGCAACACAAGCCCUCCAUCAUCUUCAUCGAUGAGGUGGAUUCUCUCUGUGGGUCCCGGAAUGAAAAUGAGAGCGAGGCUGCCAGAAGGAUCAAAACAGAGUUCUUGGUCCAAAUGCAGGGGGUGGGGAAUAACAAUGAUGGGACUCUGGUUCUUGGUGCCACAAACAUCCCCUGGGUGUUGGAUUCAGCUAUUAGAAGGAGGUUUGAAAAGCGCAUUUAUAUCCCACUGCCAGAAGAAGCUGCCCGUGCCCAGAUGUUCCGAUUGCAUCUUGGGAGCACUCCACACAACCCACACAACAUCCAUGAGCUGGCCCGGAAGACAGAAGGCUACUCAGGUGCAGACAUCAGCAUCAUUGUGAGGGACUCCCUUAUGCAGCCCGUCAGGAAAGUGCAGUCAGCAACACACUUCAAGAAGGUCUGUGGUCCUUCUCCCACCAAUCCUAGCAUUGUGAUUGAUGACCUCCUGACCCCAUGCUCUCCAGGGGACCCAGGGGCCAUAGAGAUGACUUGGAUGGAUGUUCCUAGUGACAAACUCUUAGAGCCUGUGGUUUGCAUGUCGGACAUGCUCCGGUCUUUGGCCACCACCCGGCCCACAGUGAAUGCAGAUGACCUCCUGAAAGUGAAGAAAUUCUCAGAGGACUUUGGACAGGAGAGUUAAAAGCUUCUUCACAUGGGUGAAGGUUUGCAUCCAGAGCCCUGUGUCUUCCUUGCAAGAGGAGGAGAUGGUUUCUGUGAGCACAAAGCUGUUUUGAUCAGGAGAGAAGGCAGGUGCAUCUUCACUGCUGCCUCCCCACCCCCCCAGGCCCACCCUCCCGAGUGUAAGAACACUGAACCCAGCCACUGCCCUGGGUCCCUGUCCUGGAGAUGGUCUAAUAAAUCCUUUUCCCUUCUUGAAA